AUGCAAAUCAAACACCCCCUUCGCAUCGGCAAUGUCUCCGGCGCAACAGGGGAUUACCCCCAAGCCAUGCUACGCAUGGCACAGUAUGGCAAUGUCGAUGUCAUUGUUGGUGACUGGCUAUCGGAAAUGAAUAUUGCUUGGAACGCAAUUUCCAAGUCUGAGGACCCCAAGAUGGGUUAUGAGCCGGGUUUUCUCAGUCAAUUGAGGGAUAGUCUGGAUACCAUUGCUGAAAAAAACAUCAAAGUGAUAACAAACGCCGGCGCGUUAAAUACAUUGUCUUUGAUGAACAAGGUUUCGGAACUGUGCCGGGAUAAGGGAUAUGGAGAUAAAAGAUUGAAAGUUGCAGCCGUACUAGGAGAUGAUAUCUCUGAGCUUAUUACUGAAAAUGAGAAAUCUAAUACUGCCGGCUGGCAUCACAUGGACCACGAGGAUUGGCCGCUUCAAGAAUGGCCAUUGAAUCCUCAUUGUGGCGUAGCAUAUAUUGGUGCCUGGGGGAUCGUGGAAGCACUGAAUGCGGGAGCCGAUAUUAUUUUAUGUGGCCGCGUGACGGAUGCUUCCCCGGUUAUAGGAGCAGCGGCGUGGUGGUAUCAAUGGAAAAGAGACACUUGGGAUGAACUUGCUGGAGCCUUGGUUGCUGGACAUCUUAUCGAGUGUGGGCCGUAUAUCACCGGAGCCAACUAUUCUGGCUUCAAAUCUCUAUCUGCUACUCAAUUGAUCGAUUUUUCCUUUCCUAUUGCUGAGAUCAGACACGACGGUACUUGUAUUAUCACAAAGUGUGAUAAAUUCGGAGGAGCAGUCACUAAACACAACACAAUCGCUCAGCUGCUGUACGAGCUGCAGGGAGAAUUGUAUCUUAAUCCUGAUGUUGUCGCUAAUCUACUAACGCUAAAAAUCGAAGAGGCUGGACCGGAUCGUGUCCAAGUAUGCGGAGUCACUGGUAUGCCUCCUCCACCGACAACAAAGGCGAUGAUAGCUGCACCAGGCGGAUUCCAGGCUGAAGCCACUUUCUAUAUCAACGGGCUAGAUAUCGCCGAGAAAGUUGAAAUGAUGCGCAAGCAAUUACAAAAUAUCUUUCAAGGAAAUAAUUUCUGCAAGUUAUUAAUCGAGCAAUACGGCACACCAGCAAUCAAUCCUACUAGCCAGCAAGCUGGGACGGUCUUUUUGCGUGUCUUUGCUCAAGCCAGAAAAAAGGAAGAUAUAAUGGGAGAGAAAUUCAAGAUACCAAUCUAUGCGCUACGAAUGCAGAGCUAUCCUGGAUACCAUAUGAAUCUCGAUUUCCGAACGAUGGAUCCCAAGCCAUUCAUGGAUAUUUUCCCGGUUAUCAUCCCACUUCACCUCAUUAAUCAUCGUGUACUUCUGGGCAAUGGCACGACCAUACAAGCACCUUCCCCUCCAGUGACGAGAAUAUACGCUACUCAAAGACCGUCCUACGAAGCGGCGGCUCUUGUAUGCCUCACGGAAUUCGGAGCCACAGAGUCAGCACCACUGGGAAGUAUAGCCCAUGCCCGAUCAGGGGACAAAGCGAAUAAUUCCAACGUGGGGUUUUUCGUCCGAAAUGCGGACGAGUAUUCAUGGCUGCAGUCUUUCUUGACUAUCUCUCGGCUGCAAGAGCUGCUGGGAGAUGACUGGCCUGAAGGAGAAAAUAAUCAACCGAGAGUAGAACGGUGUGAAUUCCCGAACUUGUUUGCAGUUCAUUUUAUAAUCCUGGAUUUCUUAGAUGGUGGCAUUGCUAGUUCAAGUCGAAUUGAUGGAUUGGGGAAGGGGGUUGGAGAGUAUUUACGAAGUCGAGUAGUAGACAUUCCCGUCAAGUUUUUAGAAAGAGGCAGGAUUUAA